AUGCCCCUGCUCGACCGGACCGAGGUUUCCCCCCUGCCGCUGCCCAGCCAGCUCGGCCAGCUCCCGCCGGACACCGAGCUCUGGCUGAUCGCGCAGACGGGCGAGAUCUUCACGGACUACGAGUCGUACGCCAACCGACACCUCUUCUACUCCCAGCCCAUCUUCACCCCCACCGCACCCGCAAGCCACCACCACCAGCCAGUCUCAUUCUUCCAGGCACUCAACCACGAACACGCAGCCCAGGACGAGCUCAUCCAGAAGCACUUCCCAGAAACACUCAAGCAGCGCAUCACAGCCGCAGUCAGCCUCCAGCCAGCCCAACGACAGCCAAACAUCGACCAUCUCGUCGACUAUCUCUACGAACUGUUCCACAACCGAUUCAAUGUCGCCGACAAAGUCACCGUCGACCUGGCAUCCAGCCACAGCGCAUCCCCCUCCGUCUACCCGGCCAAGGUAGUCAAGGUCUUCCCCCCCAAGCCGAUCAGAGACCUCGACAAGCACGCAUACGCAGACCUCAUCCACCUCCAGGCCAUCGACCGCUUCUCGCUCGACCUCAACAAAACACUUCAGAUCGACAGCCCCGCCGGAUACCUAUACACCAUCCAGCUCAUCGAUGACCAGCAAUCCAACUCCGACAACUUCGGCGCGAGCUACAUGGAAGUCGAAACGAGGAAACUCAGCCGGCCUGCAGACACAUUCUCCAAACCACUCCUCAAACGAUUCCUACAGUCCGUCCUAGUACCCUCCUCACACAGCAGCAACCCACCAUCCCUUCCCAGAUGGACCAUCCAUCCAGACCUCUCACUGCCCAAGACCAUCACACCCAAACCGAUACCAGUACCCAGCUACAAAUCAUUGGUCAAAAACUACGACCAAAUCAACCGACUAGCAACUCAAGCAGACCAUCAUCAUCUAACCGAGCCGCACCCCAAAAAACGCAAGAAGAACACCUGCCAGCCCCUCACCCCCUCACAAACAUCCCUCCAAACACUGCCCCCAUCCUAUCAAGACUACCCAGACCACCUCAAGGAGACACUCAGCAGCUGUGCACAGCUCAUCGAAAAACAGCUCGAGCCCAACAGCCUCAACUACUCCAUCGUCGAGCCUUGCCCCCAGAAGAAGGUGGUCAAGAAGAAGAGGAAGAAAACGCUGGAUUCCACCGAUCCAUCGGCCCUUAUACCCAUCAAUGCCCACCUAGAUCACCCCCUCACCGUCAACACUCAGCUAGCUAAUCCAGCCGACCCUGCCCUCCCUCUCAUCAGUGCUACCACCCCAAGCACCGCCACAAAAGAAUCCAAGAAAACAAUCAAAUACCCAAUUGAAGAUCUUGAUCUCGAUCCAUUCACAAUUAUUGAUGGCCGCUACCUACGACGAGCCAACCCAACCCCGCUCAAGCUACCCAGAAAACCACAGCCCAGUCAGCAAAAGCUCGGAAAGAAAUUUGCCCAACGGCUCAAGAUCUGGUCGUUUGUGAACAUCUUCAAGUUGAACGAGCGACGCUGUAAAUUUGAAGAGUUCGACGAGAGUCUAGAUGAUCUGACGGCCAGCUUGGUCAAGCUCAUCCUGAGUCAGAGUGGAUUAAGAUACCCGACGACCAGGCCCCAAAGGUUUACCUCCAUCUCCGUCUUGCCCUUCUUCGCCACCCGUCCCGCUCAAGAGUGUCGAGUGAUGAGCAUCGAUGAGCGAGAGUACUGGGUGCGCAAGGGCCUUCGUUUUGUCAACAUCACGCGCAGGCUACACGAGUUUGCAUUGGCGAGUGCCGCGGGUAAGCGCAAGACCAAUCGAGCCGCGCUCGAGGAGGACUGGGUGAUGGGACUGGUCGAGAUCAUGUGCCAUCGAGGUGGGAUCGAACGCUUGGGCUGCAUGGCCCGAAUGCUCAAAUACUUCUUUUCGACCGAGGGGACCCUGCUGGCGAUCGACCACACGAUCGAUCAAGACGACGAGCUACCCGACCCGGGGGUCACUAAGAAGCCCCAAGACUCGCAUCCCAAGACGAAGUACGACCAGGCUAAUGCCCCGCAGGAUGGAGACAGUCCUCUAUCGAACACCACCGACGACAGUCUGACGGUUCAAGACAGCGAAGGAUCCGUAGACGGCCUCGAUAAAGAGGAAGACGUCGAGCCCGAAGCCGGGGCGGAAACGGCGGACGAAGAUGGCCGUCGAUACGGCAGAUCGAUUCGCAACCAACGGAGCAACCCGCGCAUGCUGAAGAAAACUCUGGCCGCCCGGUUCGCACUCCUACCCAUUGACGACAAACUUGUCCUGCUCGAGUUCUUGUGCGAUCUGGCGACCGAAAGCGACCAGGUCCGCAAUUAUAUGGACGAGUGCGACGAGAAGCUGACCGUCGUUCGGCGAGAAAAAGCGGACGUGAAUAAGGAGAAACGCAAAGUACUCGAAGAGCUGGCACGUCUCGAGGCUCGUAAGGCCGAAGCAGCACUCAACACCCAGCCGGCCUCGACCACAGAGCCUAGCAGUUCUACGAUAACGGAACCAUCGCCGACAACGGAGCCGGAUGCGGCGCAGCCUCCUCCCAAGCAGGAGCCAUCGACGGAGGCCGCGCCGGCGCAGGGCUCUCCAGAAGUGAUGUUGGGGAGGGGAGGGGACGUGAGUGCAGAGCCGGAAGAGGCGCGCUCGAGCGGUGCGGGCAAGCCGUCGACGCACGCCUCGGCCGGCAGUCGGUCGUUGUCUGUGGCUGUGGACGGGCCCACGAAGUCGCCGGACACGGAGACGGACAAGAAGCCGGCUGGACGCCGACGGCUGGACACAGCCGUCCGGACGGCCACCCUGCUUGCGCGCCAGAUCAAGCCGCCCGCAGCGUCCGCGUCCCCGGCCUAUCCCCCGUCAGACCCGCAGGGGAAACUGGCGGCGGAGAAGGCGGCGCUCGACGGCCAGCUGUUCGACGUCGGCCUGCGCGAACUCUUCUUCCAGGAACGCUUCCGCCAGCUGAUCGGAGUCAGUAAGCUCAAGCCGCUGGGCUCGGACCGGUUCCUGUGCAAGUAUUGGUGGUUCGACGGGGUAGGCGGGAUGCAGAUACACAGCAAUGCGGACACGCCGCAAGCUUCGGUCGAGGCGGAGGAUGAUGAGGAGGGGGAGGAGGGGGAGGAAGAGACGAGGUGGUAUGCGGGAUGCCUCUUCGUCUCCGGGCCUUCCAUCGACGAGUGGCAGAAGAUCGCCGCCGCACAUGGCGGCCACGCGGCCCUCUUCAAGCGCCGCUUCCACGAAGAACUCGGCGUCGAGACGGGCCCCGUCGACCCUCGCGAGCAGCAGCCACUGGGGGCGGAGGACGAGCUCAAGGAGCAGAUCGUGGGCGUGGAUGAGUGGGCGGUGUACGACACCGAGCAGCAGGUGGACGAGUUGGUGGGCUGGCUGAACGGCAAAGGCGUCCGCGAGAACGCGCUCAAGGCCAACCUCAAGGAGUGGAAGGAGUACAUCGUCGACGGCUUCGUCCAGCGCCGACGCGCCCGCGCCCGGCGCCACCAGCAGCAGCCAGUCCCGCCGGUCGAGAUCGACUGUGCGGAGGGGCGGGAGGACGCGCGGAGCGGGUCGUCUUGUCCGCCUGUGGAUCGGCGGGACCUCGGCAGCCCUGCCUCUUGA